AUGGACAAACAACCCCAAGACAUAAUUACCAUGAGGGUUUACCAUCCUAAUGAUUUUGAACAAGUAAAGGACCUAUUUUCUCUCGGAAUCGUCGGUCCUGGGAGUCCGGGACGAUUAUCGUUUCGCCUAAGCUACACCCAUCAAUAUACUUUUGCCGUAUACAUGGUGUUGGCAUUGGGUCUCUGGCUAUCUGUCUCUUCCAUGCUAUGGAGCAUUACCCAUUACGUGGGGCUUCUACUUGUUGUUCUUGCUCUCGGCUAUCUGGUGUGGAUCUUCGUAAAGGUCAGGGGGUUCUUCGAAGGCUACCGUUUAGCGUGUCUUGCGGAAGACUUGAGCGAUAUUCCCGGUUAUUACAAACUCGUACCCUCUCCCACUGUUACCACCGCGAUGGGACUUACACCCAUAACUCCAAGUGGUUUUUGGGUAGUUGAGGCACACUCGCCACAAUCAGAAUCUACCCGAAAGAUUGUCGGUUGCGUUGCACUUGACUACUCACUCGGCGAUAGUACGUCUGCCGAUCUGCGUCGAUUUUCUGUUCUCCCGAGUUACCGUUGCAAAGGAAUAGGCAGUUUACUUUUGCGAACGGUUGUGGCUCAUGCCCGAUGCCAUAGGCUGUCAAAGGUCCAUAUUACCACAACCAGCUUUCAAAUGAAUGCUGUACGGCUGUAUGCGAGGCAUGGGUGGAUAGCUCAGCCAAUGAAACCAGUAACAUCGAUCGGUGUUUUGACGUUCGGACACGUCGAAAUGGACCUGCCUCUCCGGUAG